GGCGGCGGUGGCGGCAGCGGAGGCGGUGGCGGUGGCAGCGGGGGUGGCGGCGGCCGGAGGGAGUCCCAGAAAGACCGCAAGAUCUUCUCCUCCCCCUUCUCCCAGCCCGACAGCUUCGGGGGAGGCCCGCAGCCGCCCGGUCAAAAGCGAGCUGCUAAAAGAGGGGAGCAGCAGGGAUGGAAUGAUAACCGGGGAGCAGAUGUAAAACUGGAUAAGACAGAACGAAGAACUUACAGGGAAUAUCGACCCUAUGAAAUGGAGAGACAAGUGGAAUUUACUGUGGAAAAGUUUACAAUUGGAAAGCCAGUUGAAAGAUUUGAACGGGAAAGACCAAUUAGAGGCCGUGGAGGCGUCAGAGGUGGAAUGCGAAGCAGAGGAAGAAGUGGUGGGAUGAACAGAACUUUUGAUGGUUUUGAUCAAAGAGGGAAGAGAGAAUUUGAAAGACACAGUGGUGGAAAUGAUAAAACUGAGGUAGAACAGACUGCUCCCAUGGAAGAGACUGCAGAAACAGAAGAGCACCAAGGAGUACCUGAAGGAGAAUCUUUGACUAAAGUUGCUGAAGUUGGGGAGCUAGUGGAAGAAUCUCCAGUUCAAGAAAUGACCUUAGAUGAGUGGAAAAACCUCCAAGAGCAAAAUCGACCAAAGCCUGAAUUCAACAUCCGGAAGCCUGAAUCCACUGUUCCUUCUAAAGCAGUGGUGAUUCACAAGUCAAAAUAUAGAGAUGAUAUGAUAAAGGAUGAGUAUGAGGAUGACACCCAUGUUUUCAGAAAAGCAGCCAAUGACAUCACAUCCCAGUUGGAAAUUAAUUUUGGCAAUCUGCCUCGUCCUGGGCGUGGAAACAGAGGUAGUACCAGAGGUCGAGGAAGAAUCAGGAGGAUGGAAGAAUCUGGAUCCAGACCAGAAGUUGUGACACAAAUCAUUGCUCCAAACCCAGAUGACCCUGAAGACUUUCCUGCUUUAGCUUGAAAGAGCCCUCGUUUAACAGCAUCAUAAAAUAGCUUGGCACAGCUAUGGGAAAAAAAAAAAAAGACUUUCCUUGCUAUGGGGAAAAAGGGAUAGUCUGAAUCUAUGAAAACAAUAGAAGUUGCUUUUUUCCCCUUGUAGUGUGAACUUGUUGCACUUUUUGGUUUGGGAGUUUGAGGUAGGUGCAAUUCCAAAUGGUUCUGGGUUCAUUAAGAACCUUCAGCAAGAAGGUGAGGGAUGAUGAUCAUUGUUAUACUCAAGGGAUUUUGAAUAAAGUUCAAGAAUGAUGUUUAAGAUGUGUAUAUAGAGAAUAUAUUGGCUUUUUCACAAAACUAGAGAGUAAUAUAAGCUGUAAAUUAUAGUCCAUUGUUGAGGCUACAUCAGGCCCUGUAGACACUGGAGGUUGUUUUCCUUCAUUAUUAAGUUAUAUAUAACUUGGACAAAUUUAAGCAGUUAACACUCAUUUUCAGAGACGAAAAAAAACAUUAAAAUACAAUUGAAUUCAUGGCUUAUGUGUGUGUAAAUG